AUGCAGAUCACAGAAAUCUUCUUCGAUUGCGACAACACUCUAGUCCUCUCCGAGGAGCUAGCCUUCGAGGCUUGCGCCGACCUGGCCAAUGAGAUUUUAGAAGCCAAUUACAUCUCCGAGCGCUACACUGGCAGCCAGCUGAUCAUAGACUUCGUCGGCCAGAAUUUCCGCGGCAUGAUGAUGUCGCUGCAGCAGAAGUUCGGGUUCGAGAUCCCGGCAGACAAGCUAGAGGAAUACGUCACCAAGGAGGAAGAUAAGGUCAUCGCCAAAUUGGAGGCCAAGGCCAAGCCCUGCGAGGGCGCCAGCGAGGAACUGGAAAAGUUAUUCGCGUCGAAGAAGUACGGUCUCGCUGUUGUCUCUUCUUCCGCUUUGCGCCGCGUGCGGGCUUCUAUCGAGAAGGUCGACCAGGCUAAGUACUUCGACCACGACAAGGUUUUUAGCGCUGCUAGCUCUCUGCCCAAGCCAACUUCCAAGCCUGAUCCCGCUAUCUAUCUGUACGCCCUUGAGAAGGUUGGCAAGACUGCCGCGGAAACUGUAACCAUUGAGGACAGCAAGUCCGGUGCACUCUCUGCGGUUCGCGCCGGUAUCCCGGUCAUUGCCUAUGUCGGUAGCUACGUCGGCGAAGAGAUGCAGAAGAAGAUGGCUCAGGUUUUGACUGAGCUUGGUGCAAAGGUUGUCAUGUGGCAUUGGUCUGAGUUCGAGGACUGUUUGCGGGCUAUCGAGAAUGGAACCACUGCCGAGGUCAACUCGAGUCUUUGA